AUGCUCCUCAAGGGCUCUCAGCACUGCAGGGUUGUCAUGUUCCUGGAACCAGUUCCCUGUAGAUGUCCUGAUGGUUGCAUUGCAAGGCAUUUUUCCAAGUGUCCAUACUGCUGUCAUGACUCACAUUCAGGACCAAUUCUAGGUGACUAUCACUUUUCUUCCCAUGUAACCCAGUGGCUUCGAGAAAAAUAUGGUGAUGUGUUCACAGUGCACCUGGGAACGAGGCCCGUGGUCAUGCUGUGUGGGACAGAGGCUUUAAGGGAGGCUCUGGUGGACCACGCUGAGGCUUUCUCUGGCCGGGGGACAGUUGCUGUGCUUGAGCCAGUUGUGCAGGGAUAUGGUGUCAUCUUUGCCAAUGGGGAACGCUGGAAGGCCCUUAGGCGAUUCUCUCUGGCCACCAUGAGAGAUUUUGGGAUGGGGAAGAGGAGUGUGGAGGAGCAGAUUAAGGAGGAGGCCCGAUGUCUGGUGGAGGAACUGCGGAAAUCCCAGGGUGCACCCUUGGACCCCACCUUCCUCUUCCAGUGCAUCACAGCCAACAUCAUCUGCUCCAUUGUCUUUGGUGAGCGCUUUGAUUACAAAGACCGCCAGUUCCUGCGCCUGCUGGACCUGUUCUAUCAGACCUUCUUACUCAUCAGCUCAUUCUCCAGCCAGGUAUUUGAGCUCUUCUCUGGCAUCCUGAAGUACUUUCCUGGUGUCCACAAGCAAAUCUUCAAAAACGUGCAAGAAAUCCUUAACUACAUCGGCCACAAUGUGGAGAAGCACCGGACAACCUUGGACCCUAGCAAUCCAAGAGACUUCAUUGAUACCUACCUUAUACGCAUGGAGAAGGUUCAGUCUCCUGGCUCUGCACUGUUCCUAAGCUAUUGGCUCACAGAAAACAGGGUCGCUGUGCAUUGCUUCUGUGAAGGCACGGAGAUUCUAUGUUGUCUCCCUUUCUGUGCAGAGAAAGUCCAAAAGGAGAUCGAUCAGGUGAUUGGCUCACACCGCCCACCAACCCUUGAUGACCGCACCAAAAUGCCUUACACUGAUGCCGUCAUCCAUGAGAUUCAGAGAUUUUCAGAUAUUGUUCCUAUUGGAUUGCCACACAAAGUCACCAAAGACACUUUGUUCCGAGGGUACCUGCUCCCCAAGAACACUGAAGUGUACCCCAUCCUGAGUGCAGCUCUCCAUGACCCACGGUACUUUGAACAACCAGAUGACUUCAAUCCUGACCACUUCCUGGAUGCCAAUGGGGCUCUGAAGAAAAAUGAAGCUUUUAUGCCCUUCUCUAUAGGAAAGCGCAUUUGUCUUGGUGAAGGAAUUGCCCGCAACGAAUUGUUCCUUUUCUUCACCACCAUCCUCCAGAACUUCUCUGUGUCCAGUCCCGUGGCUCCUAAGCACAUUGACCUCAGGCCCAAGGAAAGUGGUGUAAGCAAAAUACUCCCCAAAUACCAGAUUCACUUCCUGCCCCGCUGA